GUUUGACAGUUGACAUAUUUCAUAACCUAUGUUAUCAAUAUCUUCAACGUAAUCAACAAUUCUAAGAUCAGAUAUAAAAGGGGGCUCAUAAGAUAAUAACAACGUUUUUUAUCCAAACACCACCCUAUAACUCCCUACAAAGUGCAGAGUGUCCUUUUUGAAAGUAUUUAAACCAUCCAAAUAGAAUGGCUUCAGACGGCGAAGAUAUGAUCACUGAUCAAGAGAAGGUCCGUAUAGUAUCAGAUUUCAUCUUGCAUUCGCCUCCAGGAGAGUUCAACGAGGUCUUCAAUGACGUGCGGAAGCUAUUGAACAAUGAUGACCUGCUGAAGGAAGGGGCCAGCGGAGCUUUCGCCCAGUAUAACAAGGACCAGUUGACGCCUGUUCGAAUUGAAGGGGCAGACAGUCCAGUGCUCAUCACCGAGUACAACGAUUUGGGGAAUAGCAGGUUCUAUGAUCCCAGGAGUAGACAGAGCUUCAGAUACGAUCACCUGCGCAAAGAGGCCUCCGACUACCAACCUUAUACACCUGAUGCAACAGCUGAACCUUGGCGAGCGGCCCUCGACGCCGAAUUCAUCCAGUACACCCGCAACCACUACAGAGACGGCGUGUGCUGCGUGUUCGGCCGCACCCAAAACGGCGUGACAACGGUGACGGCGUGCAUUGAGGAUCACCAGUUCCAGCCGAAGAACUACUGGAACGGCCGUUGGCGGUCAGUGUGGCAGGUUACGUUGGAAGGUGGUAGCACGGCACAACUGCGCGGGAUACUGAAGGUCCAGGUGCAUUAUUAUGAAGAGGGGAAUGUUCAGUUGGUGAGCACAAAAGAGAUAAAAGAAUCGGUCCCUAUCCGAAACCACAGUCAAACGGCCAAAGACGUUGUCGCGGCGAUUGAGACAGCGGAAAACCAAUACCAAACGGCGAUCAGCGACAACUACCAGACGAUGUCUGACACGACAUUCAAAGCGCUGCGACGAUUACUGCCCGUCAUCCGCACCAAGAUGGACUGGAACUCGCUUGUAUCCUACAGCAUCGGCAAGGAGUUGAAGACGCAAUGAUCCGAGGGCGAAUGCUAAGCUGGCAACGGCGGAGGAUACCUGCGGAUGGGAUGAGAAUUUUGAUACUGGGGUGCGUCUAUCUUUGCUGAAUAUGGCAGUUGUCGAGUGAACAAACAAUAUCACUUUCUAGAUCUACACUAUCUACCCUCAAUAAACAUAAACAAGGAAAGACGUUAAACUAUGAUUACUUAUACUGGCACCACGCUAAGAAAAUAUUUAAUUUCUGUCUGAAGAUAGGCGAAUGCUACGCGUUCGAUAUUGUGAUAUUUGUUGAGUAUAUUCCAUAUGUAUUUAUUGGUGUAUAAGGCUAUGUAGAACCACUGAUACUGACGGAUCCAUCAAUACAUUUUGAUGAUAUAGAUCACAAUAAAUACUGAAUGUUUGACACAGCUUUAAUGGAUAUUUCAACCAAUAGAUACCUGCUGACAAUACUAAUGUGUAUUGUUGCCAGUUGCCUCACAUCGCCAACUUAACGGUCAAGUGUACUUUGAGGCUAUAGCUACAGGUACUUUAAGGAAAAAUCUUUUUACAACCGAUUUAUUCGUAGUACCAGGAAGGAGAACAUCAAAUAGACUAUGCGGAUACUCAUCCAGCGUUUUGGCAUCAGCCAGUGCCGAUAAAGAAUGGCUGAAUGCGCUGAAGAGCAUCGUCAAUUCCGUACAUUUAGCGUCCGUAAGAUACCAUUGAAACGUUAUAAUCUUGAUCAUAAUGUUAACAUUCAUAGGUCAGAACUGGCCAUCUAAAAAGAUGUCCAACGCCAUACAUCAGAUAAAUUUUACCUUGACUUUGCAAUGGCGACAGCACGCGAUCAAAUUGAAGCAAAAUGAAGUUUUGAGGUGGAUUGAAGUCUCACAUCUUACAUACUGUCUGGAAUAACUUGGAAAGCUUUCUGUUCCAUAGUUACAUUGAUUCAUCCCAGUUCACAGUGUAGCCUCCACCAAACGCCACCAUGCACUAGAUUGUUGGUUAGAACUUUUUAUGUAAAUAAAAGUUAUCUUUGUAUAUGAAUAUAAGGUUUAGACAUUCAAACACGUAUCUAUAAUGCAAAAUGAUUUUUUAUGCAAACUUUAUCAAUUUAAAUAAUACAUGAUUAUAAAAUUACGCUUGACGCUCAUAAAAAUAGCAUACGCAUAUAAUUAGGUAGUACAUAAGUAUACAAUAUUUAUUGAAAAGUGUAAAUAUAUGUGUGCACUAAUAAAAGAAAAAAUAUUUCGUCAUAUUUUUGUUGAUUGAGGCUCAACAUUAAUUGAAUUCAGCAAUCAUUAACUGAAUCUGCAGUUGUUCUUUUUUACAUUUGUACCAAAUUGGUAAACAUUUGGCAGUAUUAUCGCAUGAGCGUUUUGAUUGUAAUUCAUAAUAAUAUUGAUUGCAUUUAACCAGCGUGUUACUUUAUGUUUUUGAAUUGAUUUACCUAUAUAUUAUUUUUAUACUAUAUGUAUGCCUUGAUAAUGUAUUAGUAUUAUUUUUAUAUAUUCCCAUAAAAUAUAACCUAAACUGUGCAAUAUUUUGCACUGUUAUACUGAUGUAUGUUAUAUUUUACUGACCCUGAAGAGUUUUUAUACAUGUAGCUAUUUUUGUUAUAAUUCAACUGUUUCAGUUUUGCAAGUAGGCCAUACUGUUACAACGAACGCAUUCAGAGAAUUACAGAACUUUAAUGCCAGUGACCAUUAGAUGCAAAUAGCUGCUUUCAUGAAUUGCUGUCGUUUUCUGCAUGCGCCCAUUGUCUUUAGUAACACUGUUAUGAAAAAAUACUGAAAUAUCUCAAAUUUCACAAUGUCAUAAAUUUGAAUUGCGUCCAAACUUCAAACAUUUUUUAUUGGAAAUAAUCCCGUUUAAUUGUGAUAUAACAAUGACGCUAGGUUGAUAAUGUCAAGAUUUCCUCAGACGUCAGUUAUUGCCACUUAUCGAUAUCUUUUUAAAAUUAAUAAUUUAUGUCUUGUUAAAGCCAACUAUUGUACGAGUUAUUUUUCAAUGAAGAUUUAUUUAUAAUAGUGUACAUUUUUUUAAUAAGUUCUUGUAUAAUAUUGGGUCACAUGUCAUUCGAAGUGAUUUCUCAAAGAAAAUGUUACUACAUGGAAGACAUUCAUUUUUGACCUCUGAGCAAAUCACCUUAUGUGGUAUGAGACCUGCCGGACAACUAGUGCUUGUUAAAUCCCUUCUUUCAGUAUCACAUAGUGUCAGUUAUGAUAUGGCAUGAGGAUUGGGAACACUGAUCGUUGUUAAGGACCAUUGAUGUUUGCUCGCCUGGGACCAUUCAUGUAUUAUAUAAGCUGCUUAUUUUUGAUGACAUGGGGGAUGGGGGUCGUUUUCGUAUUUUCUACAAGGUUUGGUUGAUUUUUUUUGCCUGCUUGUCUAUUCUCGAAACCGAAACACAUCUUCAAGAAUUCCCCAAAUAUGGAUAUGCUUACUCACUUUUAGAACCUUAGCUACAAAUGCUUCUAGUAGAUACCUUUUGUUAUGAACUUGUAGAAAUAUAUUAGCAAAGGUACUGAGUUAGAUGUCGGGCGAGCCAGAAAUAUUUGCUUCAAAUCGUAAAAUGCAAGCAUGGAAGGCGAGAGGUAAAAGAUUGGCUUACUUUGCUAACAAGGGGGCGGACGGAGGGUAGGGUUUAUAAUUGCAAAUAUCUGCUUACGUGAUGCUUGAACGGCCCCCUAACCAAAAUUGUAAGCUUCGGACACCAAUUUGCGUGGCGAACACUUGUUCUAAUUCUCUCUAACAUGAACGUCGCACAACACUUCCGUUUUCGACUGCACAUAAAAAAAGUUGAUCAGAUAUGGAUCGGCAGACUAACUAUAGUUGGCGGCUUGGAGUAGCACAAUAAAUGCUCACAUAUUCCCGGCCAGUUUCAAAAUCUCUGUCAAGUCAUAACCUUGUCUAACAGAGAGGGCCAUAGGAAAUUUGCUGGAACAAAUGUCAAUGAUAUGCAUCUCACCUAUGCGACAGACCAUCGCAGUAACACAAGUUCAGGCCUAAUUAAAGGUCACGUGGACAACUCUGACAAGCUUCUCUAAUAUUUAUAAUCUGUGAAAACCAAAAGUUCGUCAGAUUUGGCCCCACAGACAAGGUUAAAAAUUCGCUUUAAAUGGAGUAAUCUCAAAAUACUUUUCAGGGUCUUGUAAAACAAGGUUUAAACUUCAAUUUAGAUACUUGGCGACCUCAAAAAUUAUAAUUUUUAAGAGUUUUUACGCGUUGAAUAUACCAACCUUUACGGCUUUGAAACAUUCGGUCGCUUAUAACUCGAAAAUGGUCAGCUCUAGAGAAAAGUUAAUGGACGUCUUUUUUGUUCAGGAUGAUCCAAAAAACCUGAACAAAUUUUAUUAAAAAAAAAAAUAUGUAAGCUAAAACUUUUCUUUAAAAGACUUUGAAGAGUAUUUAGAGAAUCGUAUAUUUUGAAUCGAGUUUUUCAGGCCAAAAUUAGCGAACUUUUUUUCUCAGACUAUACACUAAUCAAUGUAGUACAUAAUUUACGUAUUCUAGGAAUUCGUGAUUUUUUAACAUUGCUUUGGAUAGAAACUAAAUCUCUGAAUAAAUAAGACACAUCCUAUUGUAACAUAUAUAUUUCUUAUACAUAAAUUAUAUAUAAAAACCACAAUUUCAUUAUUGUAUAAAUGUACAUUAUUCAACUUGAGGAUCAAAUAAAAAAGCAAUUACAAAUAAACGUGCUGCC